AAUUGGAAAAAAUGGGGAAAAAGGGAAAAAUUAGAAAAAAAUUGGAAAUAAAUCCGGAAUGGUGUUAAUUUGGUUGCAUUUCAACGGGUGCCUCCAGGGACAAGAGAAGAUACGCUUUUCAAUUAUUGAAUUGAUAAUUUGAACCUGACGCUCUUGCUGUAGAAAGAGAGAAUCUAUCAUCUUACUAUGUCCCUUUUCAAAGAUUAUGCGUGACCCAUAUACCUCGUGCUUUUCACAAAUGGCAAAUGGACUGUUCACAGAAAAGGAACACCUGCUCCUGUCAAACUUGCGAGCGCGUUAGAGAAAAAAUUCGCAGAAUAUUCUGUGUUUUAGAUAUUUACGGAUGGCUGCUCGAUGCGUAUAUCGUGGACUUCUACAAAGAUGAUUUAUGGGAUAGGCUACCGAACAGUUGGAAAAAGUUCUUUGAGAAUACUACACCAGAAGAAUUGGGAUCCUGGAUCCUGAACGAACAUCCAAGGUCCUCACGCAAAACUCGAGUAUGGCCUUUGUCGCUACAAGCACUUCGCCAUGUCAUUAGACUAUUGGAAAUAGAUAGAGAUCAGCAAAGCACUGUAUCAUUGGAAUGCGAAAAUGCUAAUUACAAAAUGAAAGGGAGCCUUAAUCGCUCUUGUUCAUCUGGAACAACAAUAUGCAGUGGAGAGACAAAUAUGGAUUUGCUCAUUGACAAUUCAAAAAGUCAUCAGAAAUUACAAAAAAUGUUUGUUAAACACAUGAAACCAAAAAAAACACACGAAAUUGAUAUAAUGGCUACGAUUGUUGCCGAGUGUGCGGCAUCAGCACAUUCUGAAUGUGUGCUUGAUGUUGGAGCAGGAAUGGGUCACCUCGCUCGGAUGCUUGCUUACAGACAUGAUAUGUGCGUUACUUGUGUGGAGCAACAGCCAGUGCUGUCAGAACGUGCACGGAAUUUAGAUUUGCGGUAUGAAUCAAUGGUUCUAAAGCAUCUAUCCAUCUCGCAGGGACAAAAACCUCAUCACAUAUCGUUGAAAAUUGAGAGAGAUUCAGGUUCAAGAUUACUAGAUGAACUAAAUCAGGUGUUCAAAGACAAUUUUCAAUUGAACCCAAAAUUGUCAGGAUUUGGUUUGAUUGGUUUACAUCCGUGUGGAGACCUGGCUGCGACAUUACUGCACUCUUACACAGAGUCUGACUGUGCAAAGUUUAUUUGUAUAGCUGCAUGCUGCUACAUGAAGCUUACAAUCGGAGAAAAACCUGGAGUCUUGCAAGGCUAUCCUUUGAGCAAAUUUUUAGGAACAUUGAAAGUCAACAUAUUCUCAUAUGCUGCCUUGGAAGUUUCCUGUCACGCGGUCGAAAAUCAUUGUCAUAAAUUGAAAUCAGCUGAAUGCUGGGAGUUGAAGGUACACGCCUAUCGAGCUGUACUAGAAAGUUUGCUAGUUAAAAAAAACCCCACUUUGCGUCAUGGAAAAUUGAAGAGUGUGAAACUAAAACAGGAUAUGACAUUCAGAGACUACUGUGUAGCAGCUACUAAGAAUCUUCCUCAAGAGUAUUGUCCAGACAACAUGACGGAGACUAGUAGUUCUGAAGUUACUGCAUACUUGGAUCAUUGGGAACGAGUCGUGAUAUUUACCUCCAUUCGAAUGAUGUUAGCCCCGCUUGUGGAGAGCGUUGUUUUGUUGGAUAGAUUUUUAUACCUGUCAGAAAAAAUGCUCUCACCUAAAUUAAAAGCUGUAUUCGACCCUGCAAUAUCACCACGAAAUUUUAUCUUGACAUCUGUUAAAAUAGAAGUGUAAUAUUUUUCUAUAGAAUAAACGGUUAUUAUCAUUA